AUGGACGAGGUCUUGGCGCGGACAGCUUCGCCCUUUGAGGUCAUAGAUAUAGACAGACGAGACGGCGACGACGACGAGGAGGCUGAUACUGUCUGUCUGCCCGAGCGAGAGUCCGGCUCCGAGGAUGCAAAUAGCUCAGACGGCGAGCGUGAUAUCUCUAAAAAUUGGGUGACCGUCAUGGACACCUUCACCUUUGCGACCUCGACGCAGGUUGCCCUCCCCAUCCGGGCCAAGAUAUGUAACUUGGAAGGCAAGCAGAAGCAGAUUCCGUUUUCUGUCUUGCUUAAAAACCCCGAGCUUCGUCACCUUGGCUCCAACCAGAGCCCAACUUCGGACCUCUACGUUACUGCACAGCUAUGGAGCAGCUGCAAGCCGCUUGGAAUGCCCAUGCAGACGGCCUACAAGUCGUUCAAAACCAGUCGAACAUGGAACGAGUGGCUGGAGAUGCCCAUCCUGAUCAAGGAUGCGCCGCAGAAUACACAGCUAGCGCUCACCGUCUGGGACCUGGCGCCCUUUGGCGGAGAUGGAAGGCAUGACCAUUCAGUUCCAUUUGGUGGAACGACCGUUUCGAUAAUUGAUGAAGACGGUACCUUGAAGAAAGGGAAACAGAAAUGCAAACUAUACCGGCACAAAGCUGCGGAUGGCUUCUCGUUCACGACAACACCGUCUACCCCACCGCCAAAACGCCGUACGGGCCAGUUUGCCGAAGAAGGUCCUACUCCCGCAGAACUUGAGCUUGAGAGGCUAGAGAAACUGCUGAAGAAACAUGAAAUGGGCGAAAUACCCCGUAUUGACUGGCUGGAUCAACUGGUCUUUCGUGCAGUGGAAAAGAUCAAGGUCGAGGCUGAGGAAGCUGCGAAGAAACGUGCACUCCGAAAUAAAGCUGCAAGGGAUAAGGCAGUUGAUGAAGCCAAUGGCGAUGCCGUCACCCAGGAUGACGACGAGGAGAAUUUUAUUCUCUAUAUCGAGUUCCCCCGUUUUGACUUCCCCCUCGUUUUCCAGGAUUUCGAGUACCCUCCUCCUCCAGUUUCUUCACUUGUGCAGCAUGCCGCGCCUGGGUCUACUGUUACUCUCAAACCACCGCCAGAAGUUCGUCUCGGCCCUGACAUUGAAGGUGCGACUGAUGACGAAGGCAAUUAUCCCAUCAUCCGAAUUUAUGAUCCCGAGGUGGGCCAGAGAGGGAACCCGUGCGAAGAUAAGCACCGAAGGCUAGUCCGUAGCCAUCGAACUGGUAUUAUGGACCGUGAUUUGAAACCGAACCCGAAGAUCCGUGAUGAGAUCAAUGAGAUCAUGUCAUACGGCCCAACUCAAGAAUUGAAUGCGGAAGAGAAAGACCUUGUCUGGAAGUUUAGAUUCUAUCUCACUCGAGAUAAACGAGCUUUGACUAAAUUUGUCAAAUCAGUUAACUGGCAGGAUGUCAGUGAAGCUAGGCAGGCGGUUGAAAUCCUGCCGAAAUGGACCGAGAUUGAUGUGGACGAUGCUUUAGAGCUACUUGGUCCGCUUUUCGACAACCCUGAGGUUCGAGCUUAUGCCGUUGAUCGCUUAAGAAAAUCAGACGACAAGGAAUUGCUUCUAUAUCUUCUGCAGCUGGUACAAGCACUGAAAUUUGAAGCUAUUCCGAAGGACGCCACGGAGGAAACAGAUGGCGCGCAUGAUUCCUCCUUGACUAAUUUCUUGAUCAGCCGUGCAGCCAACAAUCCUAUACUUGGGAGCUAUUUCCACUGGUAUCUAAUGGUUGAAUGUGAUGACACGGCUGCCGGGACACUCUCUACGCACCGCAAAUUCUUUGCACGCGUGGAGUUUUACUUUAUGCUUGAACUUGAGAAAGUUAACCCUGCCCAAAGAAAGGUUUUACUCAGGCAGGGCGAACUUAUUACCAUUCUCUCCAAGAUCGCAAAGGACAUUCGAUUUGCCAGAGUAAAUCGGCCUUUCAAGAUUGAAAUGCUCAAAAAAUUCCUCAGUGACCCUAAGAACGACAUGUUGCAGAUUGACCCUCCCCUCCCUUUUCCAUUGGACCCUGAGGUCUCUAUUGUUGGCUGCCAUCCAGAGGAAGCAAAUGUUUUCAAGUCAUCCCUAUCUCCGCUUUUCAUCAACUUCAAACUAUCCGAUGGCCGAAAAUACCCUGUGAUAUUCAAAGUUGGAGAUGACUUGCGCCAGGAUCAGCUUGUCAUCCAAAUAAUUACCCUUAUGGACCAGCUGCUGCAAAAAGAAAACCUGGACCUCAAACUCACACCUUACCGUAUCAUCGCAACUGGUGCUGCUGCCGGUGCCGUGCAGUUCGUCCCAUCAACACCAUUAUCUGCUGCCACAGCAAAGUAUAAAGGCUCCCUGCUUGCGUAUCUUAAAGCAAACAACCCUGACGAGAGUGAGCCGCUGGGGGUACGCAAAGAAGCAAUGGACACUUACAUCAAGUCCUGUGCAGGAUACUGCGUUAUCACCUAUCUCCUAGGGGUUGGCGACCGACAUCUGGAGAAUCUCCUCCUUGCACCAGACGGACACUUCUUCCACGCCGAUUUUGGUUUCAUCCUUGGUCGUGACCCAAAACCAUUCGCACCCAUGAUGAAACUUUGCAAAGAAAUGGUCGAGGGAAUGGGCGGAGCGAACUCUCCGAAUUACAUCCAAUUUAAACAAUAUUGCUUCACAGCAUACAUCACCUUACGCAAAUCCGCCAAUCUCAUUCUUAACUUGUUCAGCUUGAUGGUCGACGCUAAUAUUCCAGACAUUCGAGUAGAGCCUGACAAGGCGGUGUUGAAAGUCAAGGAACGAUUUCACUUGGAAAUGACUGAGGAAGAGGCAAUUCGGCAUUUCGACGAACUCAUCAUCAAUAGUGUCAACGCUAUCUUCGGUGCUGUUAUCGAUCGAAUACACGAUAUUGUUCAAGGCUGGAGGGCAUAA